AUGGACCUUGCAAACCUGCACUUCUCCGGGAAAGGCCUGUACAGAAAUCGUUCCCGCGCUAUAGAGAUCUUGGACCGGUGCUCCAACUAUCCGAGUAUUGAGUACGAGCCCAAGAUGGCCUCUGAACUCGAGAUGGUUCAGCUGGAGUGUUCUCAGAAUCUAGCCUUCUUUUACUUCAAUAGCUGGGGUAAUCGAACUGUAAAGGCGGACUAUGCCUUGAG